AGAGCGCGCAGGCCGGGCUCCCAGCGCACGCCGCCGCCACUGCCCGACCCGCCGCAUUGCUGCUGCCGCCGCCGCCGCCCCGGCCCGGCCCGCGGCCCCCAAUAUGGUGCAGCCGCCCGCGCCGCCGCCCGUGCCGCCGCCCGCGGGCCCCGCCGCCGCCCUCGGGCGCCCGCAGAGCGGCAGCCGCAGGUGGAAGGCUGCGCCCCGAGCCUGAGCCUCUGUCCCCGCGCCGGCCUGCGCGGCCAGCCCCGCGGGCUCGCCUCAGAGGGGCACUAGGCGCUGAGGUGGAGCCGUUUGCACCAGCGCUGCUGCUCCUGCCCCCUCCUUCCCCUCCCCUCCCCUCCCCUCCCCCUCCCUCCUCCCCUCCGGUCCUGUCUCCAGCGGGAGCGCGAGACGCUGGUCAGGCUCCGCGGCGCAGCUCAAAAAUGAAUAAUCGCCCCCGAUUGACUUAAAUUCCACCGAAGCCGGCGCCGCGGCCGCCCGCCGCUCGGGAUCUGCUUGCUGUGUUUUUGCUUUCUCCAUUCUUCCUUAAAAAAAAAAAAAAAUAGCAAAACAAAACCAGCCAGCCAACCAAGAAUCCGGUUUGUUGAUCGCCUAUAUUUUUCCCCCCACCGUUUGCGGGAUUUGCAAACCGAAUUACAUGCAUGUCCAGUGGGGGUAGGUUUAAUUUUGACGAUGGAGGGUCCUACUGUGGAGGCUGGGAGGACGGCAAGGCGCACGGCCAUGGCGUCUGCACCGGCCCCAAGGGCCAGGGCGAAUACACCGGCUCGUGGAGCCACGGCUUCGAGGUGCUGGGCGUCUACACCUGGCCCAGCGGCAACACGUACCAGGGCACUUGGGCGCAGGGCAAGCGCCACGGCAUCGGCCUGGAGAGCAAGGGGAAGUGGGUGUACAAGGGCGAGUGGACGCACGGAUUUAAGGGGCGCUACGGGGUGCGGGAGUGCACGGGCAACGGGGCCAAGUACGAAGGGACCUGGAGCAACGGGCUGCAGGACGGCUACGGCACCGAGACCUACUCAGAUGGAGGGACCUACCAGGGCCAGUGGGUCGGCGGCAUGCGCCAAGGCUAUGGUGUGCGGCAGAGUGUCCCCUACGGCAUGGCGGCGGUCAUCCGCUCGCCCCUGAGGACGUCCAUCAACUCUCUGCGCAGCGAGCACACCAACGGCGCGGCGCUGCACCCGGACGCCUCCCCGGCGGUGGCCGGCUCCCCGGCCGUGUCCCGAGGCGGCUUCGUGCUAGUGGCCCACAGCGACUCUGAGAUCCUCAAGAGCAAGAAGAAGGGGCUGUUCCGGCGCUCCCUGCUGAGCGGGCUGAAGCUGCGCAAGUCCGAGUCCAAGAGCAGCCUGGCCAGCCAGCGCAGCAAGCAGAGUUCCUUCCGCAGCGAGGCCGGCAUGAGCACCGUCAGCUCCACGGCCAGCGACAUCCACUCCACCAUCAGCCUGGGCGAGGGCGAGGCCGAGCUGUCGGUCAUCGAGGACGACAUCGACGCCACCACCACCGAGACCUACGUGGGCGAAUGGAAGAAUGACAAGCGGGCAGGCUUCGGCGUGAGCCAGCGCUCUGACGGGCUCAAGUACGAGGGCGAGUGGGCCAGCAACCGGCGGCACGGCUACGGCUGCAUGACCUUCCCCGACGGCACCAAAGAGGAGGGCAAGUACAAGCAGAACAUCCUCGUGAGCGGCAAGCGCAAGAACCUCAUCCCGCUGCGUGCCAGCAAGAUCCGGGAGAAGGUGGACCGGGCUGUGGAAGCGGCAGAGCGGGCUGCCACCAUUGCCAAGCAGAAGGCGGAGAUUGCAGCCUCCAGGACCUCCCACUCCCGGGCCAAGGCCGAGGCAGCCCUCACUGCGGCUCAGAAGGCCCAGGAGGAAGCACGGAUCGCCAGGAUCACUGCCAAAGAGUUCUCACCUUCCUUCCAGCACAGGGAAAACGGGCUCGAGUACCAGCGGCCGAAGCGGCAGGCUUCCAGCGAGGACAUCGAGGUGAUCUCCAUGGGGACGCCCCUGCAGCAGGAGAGCCCGGAGCUGUACCGCAAGGGCACCACCCCCUCGGACCUGACCCCCGAUGACAGCCCCCUGCAGAGCUUCCCCGCCAGCCCCUCGGCCACGCCCCCGCCAGCCCCUGCCUCCAGGAACAAGGUCGCCCACUUCUCGCGACAGGUGUCGGUGGACGAGGAGCGGGGCGGGGACAUCCAGAUGCUCCUGGAGGGCAGAGGAGGGGACUACGGCCGCCACAGCUGGGGCGAGGAGAAGGCCGGGGCCUCCAGGGGCGUCCGCAGCGGAACCCUCCGCAGCGGCCAGCCGGCGGAGGACUUCCGCUCCCGGGGCUCGGGCCACAAGCAGCCCGGGAACCCCAAGCCCCGGGAGCGGCGGACGGAGUCGCCCCCUGCCUUCUGGACUUCCCACCCUCGGGCCAGCAACCCCAGCUCAGGGGGCGCCAAGCUGCUGGAGCUGGACGAGGAAAAGCUGAGCAACUAUGAGAUGGAAAUGAGGCCCCUGCUGAGGGUGGACUCCCACGGGCAGGAGGCCUACCCCCAGAAGAGACGCUACAGUAGGGGGGCCGCCUGCCGCGGCCUGGGCGAGGACCGGGGCUUUGGGGCGCAGAGACUGAGAUCCAAGUCCCAGAACAAGGAGAACGUCCGGCCGGCGGCCGGCGCGGAGCCCGCGGUGCAGAGACUGGAGAGCCUGCGGCUGGGCGACAGAGCCGAGCCGCGCCUGCUGCGCUGGGACCUGACCUUCUCCCCGCCCCAGAAGUCCGCGCCCGUGGCCCGGGAGUCCGACGAGGAGACCGGGGACGAGCUCAAGUCCAGCGCGGGCUCAGCUCCCAUCCUGGUAGCCAUGGUGAUCUUGCUAAACAUCGGAGUCGCCAUUUUGUUUAUUAACUUUUUCAUCUGAUGAAAUUGUCACAUUAGCAAAAAUACCAGUUGGUGUACAAAAGGGGGACGUUAAAAGCAAAACAACAAAAAGGAAAGGAUCAUAACUCGGACAGCCCACAGCUACUUCCGAGUUUCUUCACAGAACCACACGAUUGGGUAUUACUCACAGUUUGCCUUUUUUUCUGGGUAAUGUUUUUUGGAUUUUAGCCAAAAUUCUUUGCUUGUAUAACACUAUGCUGUGUGGCAUGGCAGAAGGAGGCCAGCACGCCGAUCCUCCAGCUUGAAGUGGAAAGAAAAGGGAUCCCAGCAAAUCAGCGGCAAAAACAAUAAAAUCGUCGCCAUCGCCAUCACACUCCGUCCAGGGACGUGGGAAAGGAGGCACCGAGGACGACCCCUCUGAGUGUCCAGCUGUGGCCGCGGGGGGAGCAGCGGCCGGGAGGUGUGACGCGGGGAGUCAGCUCACUCUGCUUCUCCUCUCUGUCCUGGAAUUGGGGGACAGUGUGGGCUAGGUGCGGGGAAGAGGGUGUCCCAUCCUGGCUGGCAGCAGCCUGGGCUUUAUCUGUUUUAAAUCUGUGCUGCAGAGUUCAGGAAGCAGAGGUCUGUCUGCUCUUCUCUUCCCCAAAAAACAGACCCCUGGUCUCGGCACUGCCCCACGGCUUUCCUUGCAAGGCCAGGCCCCACCCCGAGUCUCACAGCGACGUCCUCAUUUCCCUGCUGUCCCUCUCUCUUCCCCAUCCUCCCACCAGACCCAGGGCAGCCAGGCUGCAGAUGGCCAGAGCCUGCAGAGGCGCCGGGCUGGUGCCAGAGGGCAGGGAGCAGUGCGGCCCCUGGGCCAUCGCGCCUGGGCUGCAGCACGGCCUUCCAGUACUUACUGUGCAGGACAGGUAUCCAGGCUCCCAUGUCCCUGUCAGACGUCCGCAGCCCUUUCAUGACACCAUCUUCUCCCACGUCACUGAGCCCACGAGUUUCAUUUUGUCCUGUGCCUGCAACUUCCCCCACAGACAUGCCUCUUCUUCCCAGAUGCCUCAUUAAUUCUCCGGAGCUGGUCUAGUCCCAGGACAGAAUGUGGUUGAAAUCAAGUGGCUUAAAAAUUCCUGAGAAAUCGUUGCAUAUCCAUCUCCCCCCAAAUAUGUAACACAACUUUCAGUCACGCACAAACAGAUUCCUGGGGUUUCUGCUUUCUCCACCAGUGUUGCUCUGUCAUCCAAACAAAAGAACAAGGCUCCAGAAUGUUGGAGUGCUCUAUGGUCCUAGCUCGAGCCAGCCCGGCCAGCGGGUAUGGACGUGUCUGUGGGGCCACGGGCACGUCCAUACCCAGGUCCCCUGUGCUCACACCUGGGAAGGUCCUUAAGGUGAGUCCCACAGUCGUCCUGGGUACAGCCCGCCUAUGACUCUGCCUUGCUUUGCUUAUGUUUAGCUGUUUCUCUGCUACCUUUCAAGCAGAUUUCUUUACUACACUGCACUGGAUUGCUAUAUUUUUAACCAGAAAUAAACUAAAGAUUAGAGCAUGUUCCAGUUAAA